GUUUUUAGAAACUCCAGAUAAUAAAAGAAGUUUAUAUAUAGUUUAUAUAAGUUUAUAUAUUACUUGUGCAAACAAUUUUAUAUAUUUAAAAGUCAGUUUCCAAUAAAUUUAGUUCAGUUUCCACUUAAUUAAAGAAUACAAUGUCAGCUGGGAUCAGAAGGACACAAAUAAGUGCUUUAUCUCAUGGAAGUAGUGAUUUUCUAAUAGUGGCUGUUAUAAUUGCAAAACAAACACCUCGCACAAUCAAAUCCAAGAAUGUGGAUAUGAGAUCAGUGUGGAACUUCACUUUAAGAGAUGCUCCGGCAGAUUAUAUAAACGUUUCAUUCUGGGGCUCCUCGAUCUUCAUAGACAACAUUGCACAGAACUUUCACAUCGGGGAUGUAGUGGAUAUCAUAAAGGCAAAGGCUACAUUCAGGAAGAAUGACAACACAAGCUUCGUACCUGAUGUAACAAGUCCGUUGGUGUUGACAAUGAGUGAGAACAUUUCUGAGAUGUGCCUUCACUCGGAAGACGACUGUGCAGAGUUCCACCAGCUGCUACGUCUGCCCACACGACCUCCUGGUGACUACAUCACUCUUUCUGAUGUACAUGCCAAUGGUCAAGCUCUUAAAGGCAAACAUGUCAACCUUCUUGUGGCUGUCCGUUCGGUUGGGGCAUUGCGGCAAGUGACAACCAAGCAGGAGGGCAAGGUGCUUGAAUGUCGUGAGGUGGAAAUGAUGGACCAGAGUCCAACUUGUCUGUACAUUCAGCUGUGGGACGCAGAAAUGGCUUAUCGUGCUGACAACUGGAAACCCAGAGAGACAGUGUUGUUCAUCGCUGAUGUGAGGCUAAACUGGAACAGUUUCAAGAAGUGUAUGACUGCCACGGUGACUUCUCGAACUAUUAUAACGGAGAAUCCAGACAUGGCAGAUGCAGAAGACUUGCGUGAACACGCCCGGAACGCUCCUAUUGUGUCUUCUGCCAUCCUUGACCAGUUUGCCACAAACUUCCCUGAGCCUAGCACCAUCAACAACGUGAUGUCAUGUCAGACUGUGUGGGGCAGAGCCACCAACGCAGAAUCUGCGGAGAGUUUCACAGCUCUUGUCUAUGCUGCCAUCAUUGAAAUGGACUUGGAUGGGUUCUUGCCUCUUACCGUCAGCAAGUGCCAACACUGCCAACAAAGUGUGGAUGAAGCAGUUGGUAUCUGCAUGAACAAUGACUGUCUGGUGAACUCAGGAGUAGAACGUCCACUGUCUCAGCGUGUCUACGACCUCAGGGUGACCUUGGCUGAUCACACUGGCUCCUUACCUGGCUGUAGACUCACAUCCCCAGCUGCAUCUAAGGCCCUCAACUGUUCACCAGAUGAGUUUGACUGCUUGUCCCUGGACGCCAAGACCGCGCUCAAGUGGCAGUUGCUGCUGAGACGUUGCGCAGCUCGCCUCGUCAUCCUUCCAGCUACCGGAGAUCAAGUCACCCCGCUCAUCUCGGUCUUGGCCAUAGAGAAAGUCAGCCUUCCUGAGUAUGCUUCCAGGACGCCCAUGUUCUAACAAGUUCCACCUCUGAUAUUGUGGUUUAUCAUAGAUAAUUUAGUGGUAUUAUAAACAACAAAUCUGAGACUGAAUGAUUUUAUUCAUAAUCUGUUGUGUUACUUUAUGUUCCUUUUGUUAUAGAAAAUAUCUGAUGUCUGCUACAAGUUUUGUAUAAACUCUUUAGUUACGUAAGGUAAUUUGUACUUAAUUAAGUUGGUAUUGAUAUUUCAUAGUUUUAAGAUUGAAUUGUUUAGAAAUAAAAUCUGAUAGUCACUUUAUAUUGCCAUUGAUCGGUAUGUAAUUUUGUAGGAUAAUGAAUCAAUAGCUUGGCCCAGCAAUAACUGUUCCCUGUAGAUGUUUGGUAUGUGAAUUGUAUCUGAUGGAAUUCAGAUAUGUAUUUUGAAAAUCAUUGAUUUUGUAAUUGAUUUCAACACCUUGUCAUGUCAUCUGUUGGUAUUAAAAUACAUACAUUUUAAGUACGCUUA